CUUCACUCUUGUGCCCACUUCCUCAGUUCCUCUACAGAUGUUGCGAACACAACAUUCACCUACAAACUGGUUUCAUACUCCCUCUAGUAGUAAUUGCUCGGAGAGUUCUGACACUUUCCGAUAAACGUCAAUUUUUGUUUGAAUUUUACAAUAAAAUUAAAUUAUUUAUUGUGUUGUGAGAGUUUUAAGUGUAAAAUUAAGUUUUAUUACCUUUAAUAUUAUGUUAAAAACGUGCCUUAUGUAUAAAAGACCGUUUGAAAAGGCUUCUUCAAGAUCAUAUCAUAAACCCAAUGCGGAUGACCACUGUCUCCCUGUACCAGCAUCCUAGUAAAUUAUAACACCAGCGAUGUCUACCGAUCCAGACAGUAACAAGCAUCGUUCUCAUCCAUCCAGCAGCACCGUCAAGAAGAACAAACACCGAUCCAGAUCGACGCCACGUCACAAUGACGUGGAGAAGCCGCGCAAGAAGAGGCACACCAGCGCGGCCACUUCUUUCGCGUCCAUUCCCAACGCCAUCAAGCUGUCGAUGCUCAACAGCGGCCUGUUGCCCACGAGUCGGUUCAGUUCUGCAGAAAAUGGCGGAGGAGUGGUUGCUACGAUAACAGACAGUCCGAUAGAUAUGAAGGAUUUCAUGAAAAUCUGUGAGCAAAGAAGAAAAUUUCCUGUGUUAUACAAAUUAGAAUUUGAGAUUGCCAUUAAGGUAGAAACUCAUUCCUGUAGGCAUGGUACGAAAAAGAGUAAUUUAGAAAAGAAUCAAAACCAAAGAUGCAUUCCUUAUGACUAUAAUAGGGUAGUAUUAGAUACUAUAGAAGGAGAACAUGAUACCGACUAUGUAAAUGCUUCCUAUGUAGAUAGUUUACUGAAGCCCAACGCCUAUAUAGUAACGCAGGGGCCCACAGAAGAAACUGUGACCGAUUUCUGGCGAAUGGUGUGGCAGGAGAACGCUAGCUGUAUUGUGAUGUUGACGAAAACGUUCGAUUUUAUAAAGGUCAUGUGUGUGCAGUAUUGGCCUGCGUCCAAGGAAUUGGAGGAAAGUUACGGGGGCAUUCACCUACAGAUCGUCGUCGAGGAGGAACUGGCCAAUUUUCAUAUUAGGACUUUUAGAUUGUUUAAGAAGGAUCAAAACGGAAGUGUAACAGAAGAAAGAACGAUACUCCAAUUUCACUACACGCAGUGGCACAGUCAUUCCUGUCCUUUCACCAACGCCUUGUUGGAAUUCCGAAGAAGAGUCAGAGCCGUAGUGGGCCAUGUGAUAAAGUCGAAUGAGGCUGGACCAAUGGUGGUACAUUGCAAUGAUGGUGGGGGAAGAUCCGGUGUAUAUUUAUCGGUAGACGCAAACAUGGAGUUGGCAGAAGAGGAAGAUAAGUUUGACGUGUUUGGUUAUCUGAAAAAAUUGAGACAAUCUAGAAAAGGUCUUGUAGACAACGUUGAACAGUACAAAUUCAUCUACGACACUCUGGAGGAGAACGUGACGUGCGGCAACUCGUGGUUUCCAGUCAGCGAACUGUCGCAACGGCUGAAGGCGAAAUCGCAGAAGAAUCCGCUCACCAAGCUGAACGAAUACCAACGGGAGUACAUGCUGAUUUGCAAACAGACUCCCAGAUUCACGAUCGGCGAUUGCGCGGGCGGGCAUCGGGGAGACAACAGGAAGAAAAAUCGGGAUGUGCUGAUUGUACCACCUGACAAUUUUCGACCAUAUCUUACAUCAUUCCAAGGCAACAGCUACACCGACUACAUCAACGCAGUUUUUGUUGACGGCUACACAAAACCGAAGGAGUACAUAGUCACAGAAUGGCCUGUAAAAUCGACUUGUGGCGAAUUUUGGUCCUUGGUCUACGACUACGAUUGUUCGGCGGUCGUGAUACUAUGUGUCCCGCCUCUUAAUUCGCAACAGUUUCCAUCAUUUUGGCCUGAAGGUAGAGCUUCCAAGAAAUACGGUCCUGUGUUUACUAUAGAUCAUAUAUCCCACAGUCAUUAUUCGAAUAUUAGAACAUGGGUUUUUCGUAUAAACAAAAAGAUUGUUUCGUUGACCGAACUGAUGGCUGGGGUAAAAGCCCCUCCGAAAACAGUACAACUAUUUCAGCUGACCUGUUGGCCAAUGGGUCACAAAGUGCCUACUUCCACGAAUUCCUUAGUGGAACUGAUGAAUAUGGUCGAGAGAUGGAGACAGCGAAGCGAUUACGGACCUGUAUGCGUCGUAUCUCCUGAUGGCCGUAGUAGAUGUGGUAUAUACUGUUCAGCAAACGCUUGUAUAGAGCAGGUUAUCCAACAUGGAGAAGUUGACGUUUUUCAAGCUGUCAGAACUGUUAGAAGACACAGACCACAAUUGAUUGAAAAUAUAACUGAAUAUAAAUAUUGUUACGACGUAGUAUUGCACUAUGUACUACACUAUCUUCAAAAAGAUCUAGAAGAAAUCAAGAAGUAAACACGGAAAUAAUCAGCACAAUUUUUUGGUGAUUGUUGUUUUUUACCUGAAUAAAAAAAAUAUUUACUGAUGAUAAAUAAAGAAUUUAUAAAUAAAUACGCCAAAAUGUAUGCACAAUUGUAUUACCCAAGAGGUCCAUAUUAUCUAAAUAUAGUUUUUUUUAGAAAGUAGAUGUGACGCUAGAAAAUAUUUCAUGCAUUUACCUCAUUUACCACUUCAAAAAAAUAUAUACCGAAUCACGCAUUGUAAAGGGUGUCCCGUAAAUAGUGAAGUACAUAAGAUAGGAAAAUUUAAAUUCGUAAAAUCAUUCUUUAUAAAAAAAUUUGCUUUUUGAGAAAAUAAGAUUACCACAUAAAAAUCUUAGAUCAGAUGUACAGGGUGUUGAUAAAUUAAUAGAACAUGAAAAUCUUAACCUACUAUUUUUUAUUAUUUAUAGCAAAAUGUUGUUAACAGAAAGUUGUUAGUAAUUCAAAAAAAAGCCCGAAUAAAAAUGUUCAAUUCAAAAAAUCAUUAGUAAAAUGUACAAAGAAUUUAUUAAAGAAUUGGUAAAAUGAGUGGAGUUGGUUUUUUGAUUUGAAAAUUACAAACAACUUACUUUUGUAAACAUUUUACUAUAAAUAAUAAAAAAUGGUAAUUCUCUC